AUGAGAAGAGGUGAGGCCGAUAGAGCGCAGAGGAGAUCAACAAGCAUCGCCUUGUGCAUAGGAGGCAAAGUGUACCGUCGAGAUUCAAAAACUAGUCUCUUCGGCGAGGUAACAAGGGAAAAAAAGUCCCCAGUGAGGAGAUCAGAGCCCUCUCCUAUUCGAGCUAGAUUCAGACCGGUGACUCAAAGAAAUAGUCCUUCAGUACCAGGAAGGAGGGAGUCGAGGGACGGCGGGGAGAGCUCCCGUUGGAGGUCUAUGUCACCGAUGACCCGUACAUACACUGGGCUAGAUAAAAUAGGACUGACCCAGAACCAAUUGGUACGUAGGACCGGAAAGUCUCCAGGUCAGGUCGGGUCCGUGUUGAGUGAGAGAACCCGGAGGAUGGAUGAAAGCUCCACUCUCCCGAUCUUUCUCCCCCGACCAGACUUCCAAUCUUCACUCCAAACCAAACCCAUUCACUAA